AUGUUGCUCUCGUCAAACUCGUCCACUCGCCCGGCGCAUGACGACGCCGAGGUCGCGGAGGACUUGGAUGAACCUCCUGAUCAGCAUAUACUACACGCCACCUCGAUGCAUACCGAAGAUACUAUCGCCUUCACCCGACCCCUCAUCGAUCGCAAAGAAUCCUUGCUCACCCGCGCUCUCAAGAGCAGUCCCGAAAUGUCCCCUACCGAACCUCAAUCCGCACUUCACGAUUCCAUCUACAGUUACCGCUCCUACCCCCAUAGCAACAUGAGUGGCAUCUCCACGGCCGAGUUGACAAGUGAUGGAGGCAUGACCACCCACCCCUCCCCCCCUCAGAUGAUGGGCAAGGCGCCCAAAUCUAUGACUGGAAAGAGAGAUGCGAUGCCCAAGGUCAAGGUUGGGGACUCCAACGAGACCUCAGUUGAAGCCAACCUUGGACGUAAGCGUUGUAUCAGCUUCGCCUGUCGCCCCAAGGCCGAUUCGAACAACCAGCCCGCUGCGCCACCGGCUCGCCAGCCAAGCCCGUCGACUGUCAAAGUGGCCCCCGAACCCCCGAAACGCAAGUCAACCCUCACAUUUGUCUGUCCUGGACGCCAGGCUGCUACCUCUAUCCAAAGAGAACGCUCCCCGGGUCGCAAGGCUGCCCUCCGACCCAAGUGCCGUGGCUCUCCCGCUCCCGUUGCUCGCAAGUCAUCCCCUGACGCCGCAAACUUCAAACAGAAGGAUGUGAAGGAGAUUACUGCGAUUACUAUCCCCAAGGGUGUUCCUACCAGUGGUUUGGGCAAAUUUGAGGAAUCAGAAGCUACUCGGUUCCAUGAGUUUGCUAGCUCCAUUGGUGAGGACGACGAGUGGGUGACCAAGUCAACUGAGUACUCUCAAAAGAUUACUUUGAAUGACUGCAUGAAAAAGGAGAACGUCAUUCGACGACUUGGCGAAGAGGCCGAGCAGGAAGCCCAGGAGGAAGAAGAUGAGGACGACGACAUUGAAGGUUUGGCCGAUGAUGACUCAACCAUUCACGACUUUUCCUCGGAUGAUGGCAAUGAGUCUGAUAAUGAGGCCGGUUUCGCGGAAUCUGAUGAGAGUGAUGAUGAUGGCUCAGACUACGAGUUCUGGGCUCCUUCGAUCACCGUGCCAGAGACCAGCGUUCCCUCUAUUGGCAUUUUCCCUCCAGUUUUGGAACGUCGUGCCUCCAACACCUCCUUCGACUCGUUGACCGAUGAUCACCAGCACUGGCUGCCUGCGCCUGUUCAACGGUUGCCCGGCCGUCGUCCUUCUAAGAAUCUGCGCAUGCGGCCCGGUACCCCCAACCUGCCCGAUAGUACCGACUUUGUCUGUGGAACUCUUGAUGAGGACCGACCUCUCGAGGCGGCUUAUAAGUCCUGCAUGGAACAACGGCGUCUUGAGAAGCAUGUUCUCAUCCCGCAAGACAUUGACCCUAGCUUCCCAACCAGCGACCCCGAGGAUGAAGAAGACCUAGAAGACCUUUCCGAGGACCUGGACUCUGUUGUUCUGGAGCCCACUCGAGGCCGCAUAGAAGGACCGAACAAGGCUUCUUCUCCAAAGCACUCGCCCAAGCGCAUGGUAUCUCCGGCGCCGCCUCGCCGUGCUGGUCGCACCUCCCCAAAGCGUCUCAAGUCUCCCCCUCCUCGAACCAGAGCUAAAUCUCCUCCCCCUCGAGUUCGGGCCAAAUCACCUUCUCCACAGAAGUGGACACCAUCGGGAGAAAUGCCCGUUAUCGAGUCGUCCCCAGGCCUUAAUAUUAGCCACCUGGUUCAACGGCCGCCUAUGGUUCGCACUAAGUCGCUGCCUCGGACGCCCAACCCGUUCUUCACCGGCAUGCAAAGGAAUCCCACCCCUGACAGAAUCACCGGAGCGGAACGCUCACGCACAUUUGAGCCCCUCCAUACUCGAGGACCCGUCGAUAUUGUUGAGGGCCUCGAAAAGAAGCGCCAGAAACGAAAGGAAAAGUUCUGGCGCCAACACUGCCGCAAAGCUGCCAAAGAGCAGGCGGUACGCCGGCCCAUUCCCGGCAAGGGAGCCGAACGGAUGAAGGAGCUUGGCCUCGAAGUUGCUGAGAGGUGCAGAGCUUACGGCGUCGGUCAAGACGCCCAGCUCGUCCUAUCUGUUUAG